AUGUUAAAAUUCCUCUUAGCCUCCACUUUGUGUGCCCUUACCUUCGCACAGAAAGCUUUCUUGCAAGACUCAAACAAAAUCGGCCAAAGCAUUUCUGGUGAUGACAAAUAGAGAAUCUGGGCCAUGAAGAAGUACAUCUCACCUUAGAAAUGUGACUAUUAUCUCCAAUUCUAGAAUAUCUUCAAUUACUGUAGCGACUAAGACUAUAUCUUGGCUUUUGGACAUCAUUACUGCGAGGAGUUUAGAAUCCACAGAGAUGAGUUUUAAGUUAAGGAAUGGGUUGACGACGCCAGAACAUGCCUUCAGUAGAGUCUUUAAGACAAGGCUAUGACUGCUGAGACUUACCCAACUUGUGAUCAAAUCAAGGAUUGGGGAUUCAACUCCCAUCAAAACUGCUAUGUAAAGCCAAGCCAAGACCAUCAGGAUAUUUCAUGGUGCAAGCUACCAAUCCAUGAUCAAACUCUGGUUGCUUGGAUAUGCAGAGGUGCCUAUUGGGAGUUUGUUUUGCAAGGUAUUCCAAUUUUGAUGAAGUGUUUCACUGGAACAAGUAUCGAAAUUUUGGAAUGA